GCGUUAUCGUCCGAUGUUUGUAGCAGAUGGUUGGUUUUUAGCACGGCGGUUUUCGGUAGAUCCCGAAGGCGAAUACAUACAUAUGCAAUGUGCCCCCCGCACCCCCUUUGCGGUUCCGGCUAGGUACAUAAAUACCGUCCGCGCCGGAGCUUAUGGUCCUCGCCCCGCUUGCUGCAUAGUCGGAUGCGUGCAACUUACUCAGGUCUGCGGGGGGGAGGCAGGGAACCCGGGCGUCCUACUUUUAAACUGCGGAUAAGCUCUGUUCACGGUGGGUGAUUCUCGUAGUUAUACUAUUGACGAUCGGUACGUUUUAGAAUUUCCAUCAUGCCGUCAACGCGCGGUCACGCUUACUUCCUCGGUCUCCCCUUGGAGAUCCAGUGGUGGAUAUUGCGAUAUCUUGGCGUUCGUGAUCAGGCCUCGCUCCUGCAGACGUGUCGAAGAGCACAGGGGAUUGUAGAGCCGCUGCUUUACCGUAGAGUAUUCACCAGAGCCGGCACAGGCCAUGAUACCGGUGGGUUAGUUGAGUUUCUGCUUAAGCGGCCUUACAUCGCCGGCGCGGUGCGGUUUCUCGUCCUCGACGAGUUCCAUCCGGUUGCGUACCGGCAGCUCAUGGGCAUCAAGUUCCCGAAUCUCGAAAGCAUCGUUGUGCAACACGGUGGGGAGUCCCUGAGUAUCGAGGACGAGAAGAGGCGUUCCUUAAACCAGCUCGUUAAGGAGCAGCCGAAUUUGAAGAGUUUGACUUUCUCGAUUGAGCGGGAGAAUUGGACAGCUUUCAAACUCGGGGAGGAUGACGCUGUAUUAUUUCGGCAUAGAAGACUGCGGCGUAUGCGGUUUUCUUAUAUCGACUUCUCCGCAUUUGGCAAGCUGGAUGUGGACUAUUUCCAGCAUGCCGAUUUAAAGGGGCUAUUCCUCGAACUAUGUUGGUAUGACCACGAAGCGUUGAAUCAACUUUUAUCUCCAACAACCAGACUGCAGAAUCUCUUGAUUAGCCAUAACGAUCAAUUGCCAUUCUCAGAGAGGCUCUACCCCAAUCUAUUAGCCCCGUCUCAGGAGAGUUUAAGAAUACUGGACUUUACUUGGCGAUGGAAGCUCCCUAUCGAGGAUCAAGGCAUGGAUUUAACUCGGUUCAAAAACCUGCAUUUCCUUCGAAUCCCCCCUAUUUAUCUCCUCGGCAGCGCAUACAUGGACGAUUCCGCGUUGCCGGAGCUCAUCCCGACGAUGUUCCCCCCGAAUUUAAAGAUGCUCCUCCUCGAGAAUAUCGUGCCCCGCUCCAUUAGAGUCAUGAACGAGCGAGGCAUCGUUUUCCCCGGGUACCCGCCGCCGGGGUAUACUCUAGAGUUAACACUCCGGCCGCGGGAUUACCAACUUGUCCGGUUCCUAAUCGCCGAGAAGCACCACGUAUUACCCCGACUCAAGUACGUUCUCAUGUAUUAUAUGGAAUUCAUGCAGGAUUUCUUGGACUUCUAUCCGUUGGUCAAGGAGAACGGAGCUGGACCAGGCCCUGUGUUGACUACCGAUUAUCUGAAUCCCUUGUUAGAUUGGUUAGACGAGCUCUGAGAGGCCGAGGUACGAGGAUAGCAAGGACUGAACCGAGGAAGUAGAUUGUUCGACCCAUAUAAUUACCUAGUAUUCGUGUAAAUAGUUGAUGGAUUUAAGUAUUUAGUUCUCCGUGGACUCCGUGGAGCCGGUUAGUUUAUGUAUAAUCAUAUAAAGCUUUACGUUACUAUUUAAACCCCGUCUUGUUCACAAUUAACUCCUAUCCAUUGAUACAUACCUUAAAGCUAUACUAUGCCUGGGAACAAUUAGUAAUCAUGGGACUUUUGUGAAUGUCGCGUUGAAUGCAUUUAGUAUUUAGUAUUUAGUA